AUGUCGCGUAUACUGAGAGCCUUGGCUGGGGCUCAGAGCCUGGGACGCAGCUCGGGAUCUGGAGAUAUUAUGUUCCCAAGCUCGCAGACUCACUUCAUCCGAUCUUCUGAACAGCUACUGCCAGGCUAUUUUAUCCUCCACAAAGAAUCUAUAUCCUUCUUUACUAAAUUAGAACUCUACUGUCUUGACAAGGUAUUAAGAUCUAAACAAGUGCAGUACACAGAUAUGGUAUCGCGUGAGACACGUGCGACAGCUGCGUUGCCGCUGCUAUAUUGCACUUUGCUAAGCCAUGACUUUAAAAGUAGUAUUUCUUUCGUGGGCGGCCAUUGGCGGGUUCAGGUAUUAGCGGGUCGUGACGAAGGAGUGAGGCGGUUCUACUCCGAUGCAAGCAUUUGGACGUCUAUUUGCUUUAUCGAUAGCGGUAUUUCUGAGGUAGAUGGGAGAGAUGAAAUGAUGGCGCACACUUCCAAAUGUUAUACUCUUAACAAGCCUAGAAUUCUUGUGGGCCCUGUGGUUCUGGGUCUUGCCGGCUUUUCGGGGAUUCCGGAAGCCUUGCAACACGUUACAUGUGAGAAUCACCUCUUGGCGCUAGAUACGUUGCAGAGCUCUCAUGGACAUCUCGAAAAUGAGCGAAACGAACUCUGGAAAACUCAGCCUAGUUCACUUUACUGUCCUUUCUUUCUUCCAACUGUCUAG